GUGUGUUAAGUUCGAAACUCGUAGCGAUGCCCCUUAGAGCCAGUAGUGGCGUCUAGUUAGCAGUGCGUCGGCGCCCCGAUUCCGUCCAAGUUAAGAGCGCCGGGCGACAGCCCCAGAAGAGCGGGCGCUAAUGGAAUGGUCACCUCGCGCGACUCAACGGGAAAACAACCCACGACGACCGCUUCAGCCGCCGCCGCAUCACCCGCUGCAGGCUGGCGGCGGUGGGACGGCUGCGGCCACUGCGACGCACAUCUCGCGGGGCGCCCAGCCGGACGACGUCUCCGGUGGCGUCAAGCGAAAGCCGCCCUACAGUUACUCGACGCUCAUCUCCUUCGCCAUCAACAGUUCGCCCACUAAGAAGAUGACGCUGAGCGACAUAUACACUUGGAUCUGCGCAAACUUUCCCUUCUACCGCGAGGCAGGCACGGGAUGGAAGAACUCUAUCCGCCACAAUCUGUCGCUGAACAAGUGCUUUCACAAGGUACCCCGGUCAAAGGACGACCCCGGAAAGGGUUCCUAUUGGGAGCUUGACCUGAAAUCUGCAAGUGAGCUUCCCUGCAGAAAGAAAAAGCUCAAGGCGUACGAUUCGGUGUAUCCUUAUAGCCCUGAAACUGGUAUCAGCACCUGGACUCCAGAGGUUGAGGGCCAUUCGUCACCUCCACAGAACCACACCACCGUACCAGAAAUAAAGCAGGAGGUUGUGCGGCCUGAAUAUGAGGUUGAUGAUGACCAGUCCAGAGUGUCGUCUGAAUACUACGAUGAGCCUGUCAAGACAAUCAUGGAGUCAUUCACGCACGAGCAGCUGGUGGAGCUGACUGCCACGCUGGCAUCCCUCCAAGAAGCGGAGGCCACAGGCUACGCCAGCCACCCGGGUGACGCAGGACUCCUGGCAGCCACCACACCCAACCUGGUCCCACCACCCGCUGCCCCAGCCACCACACUGCACAGGCUCGAAGCGGCUUCCCAGUCGGCUGCUGUGCCUGCCCACCACCGAUCCAUGUGCCACUAUGGAGGUGCAACACAGCCGGACGAUGCUUCCAGGUGCUUUCCUGGCACUAGCAGCAGCCCUAAUCUCAGCGGAGGGUUCCUUGAUCAGAUUCCAGACAUUGUGAAGAAUGAGCAUGGCGAGGCCCCCACAUAUGCCUCGUUGGGCUAUUCACCAUCCCUGUCUCCCGGGGAUGUCGGCGCUAAGAGCCAGCACCAUCACCAGCACCAUCACCAGCAGCAGCAUCACCAGCCACAUCAGCACCAGCCGCCGCCGCACCUCCAGCAUCAGCACCUGCACCACCAUCACCACCACCACGAGCAUUACCACACCAUGCAGGUGCCUAUGCCCUGUGGUACCGCCCCCUACGCAUGGCAUCACCCUGCCUGAAGGGAUGCGUUGUCCGUGCUACCCAAGCUCCACGACGCUCCUUCACGCCUGUGGGCAAGGACUCCAUUCAGCAGGUGACCGUUAGGGGGCUCACUGUGAUGAUGUCACGCUAUACACACCACCGCGCCUACCUCCCAAUCAUUGCUGGCCUCCUAGAAGGAGAGAUAUAUAUAUACACACAGACACACACACACGCUAUAGGGCAGCAGCAGGACUGCUCGUCGCGUUAUUGCCGUUUGUCAUAGUGUCGCCUUUCUUGUGGUCGUCACGCCCACGGACGAAGGCACGCUGGUAAAAUUGGCAGAGACCUUGCCGUGUCAUCUGUGAUUACUGCCUACAGACUUGCUAAAACAUCUUGGUGCGGAGAACGGCGGACCUUGCACAUGUGGCAGUCGACUGUUGCCGUGCCCCCUUCUGCUCGAGAACCUUUCGGAAUGGGCAGAGACCUCGGAGCACCCUCAGGCGAAAGGUUUGGGUUUACUGGGAAAUCGCUCUUGUAUGUGUGUGUGCAAGCUGCCACCACCGUGGAGCUGCA